ACCGCUUGAGCAUCACAUGACUGCCUCACUUUUGACGGACGCGGAAGUGGAAACACUAGCUAAAGUAAAAACACAAAGCUGCGGCACAAACGACUGUACAGUAAACGAUGUACGACGAAUAUUAUCUAGAGCUCAGUGAAAACCCCGUGCAGUUUGAGAACGCAUCCAGCGUCAACAAUGUGUUUUUCGACGAGGCGAAUAAACAGGUGUUUGCGGUACGAUCUGGUGGGGCCACAGGUGUUGUGGUUAAAGGGCCAGAUGACAAGAGCUCAGUGGCUUUCAGAAUGGAUGACAAAGGAGAGGUGAAGUGUAUCAAAUUCUCAUUGGGGAACAAAAUCUUAGCUGUGCAGCGCACUACAAAAUCAGUUGAUUUCAUGAACUUCAUUCCUGACUAUCCACACUUGGAAUUUUCCCAUGAGUGCAAGACGAAGAAUGCCAGUAUUCUCGGAUUUUGUUGGACCAACUGGAACGAGAUUGUGUUUGUUACUGAUCAGGGAAUAGAAUUUUAUCAGGUGCUGCCUGAUAAACGAACCCUGAAGCUCUUAAAGAGCCAGAGCAUCAAUGUGAACUGGUACAUGUAUUGCCCAGAGACGGCCGUUCUUCUCCUUUCCACCACUGUGCAGGGUAAUGUGCUGCAGCCAUUUGCUUUCAAGACUGCGACCAUGUCAAAGAUGUCCAAGUUUGAGAUUGAACUGCCAGCGGUGCCCAAACCAGCCAAACUCAGCCUUUCUGAACGUGACAUCGCUAUGGCUACAAUUUAUGAUCAGCUCUAUGUGAUGUAUCUGAAGCAUCACUCCAGAACCACCAACAGUCCGGGAGCCGAGGUGGUCCUUUAUCAUCUGCCCAGAGAAGGCACAUGUAAGAAGUCUCAUGUGCUCAAACUAAACACCACGGGCAAGUUUGCGCUAAACGUGGUGGAUAAUCUAGUUGUGGUGCACCAUCAGAGCUCACAGACUUCACUAAUUUAUGAUAUAAAACUGAGGGAAUUAGAUGGUGCAUUAAAUGUGCAUCAGCCUGUGCUUCCUGCUCAAUCCAUCAACCCCUACAAGAUUCCUCAUUCAGGACCUGCGGCCGCUCCAAGUCAGGCCCCAGUGCCCUGUGAACUUUACUCAUCUUCCUGGAGUGUUUUUCAACCAGAUAUCAUCAUCAGUGCCAGUGAAGGAUAUUUGUGGUACCUCCAGGUGAAGCUCCAGCCCACACUGAAUCUCCUGCAGGAUAAAGGCAAACUCAUGGACUUCCUGUUGCGGAGACGAGACUGCAAAAUGGUCAUCUUGUCUGUAUGCUCGCAAAUGCUUACUGGAGGAGAUAAAGGGAACCUGUCUGUGGUGGCCACAGUGUUUGAUAAACUCAACCAAGUGUACAAAGAGUACCUGGAUGCAGAGCAAGCGUAUACUGCGGCUAUGGAAUCAGGGCCCAGUCGCUCCAGCACUUCAUAUAAAAGGCCGGUCCGGACUCAGGCGGUGAUAGACCAGUCAGACAUGUACACACACGUGCUGUCUGACUUCACUGAGAAGAAGGGAGUGAAACAUAAGUUCAUCAUUGCAGUUCUCAUGGAGUACAUUCGUUCUCUUAACCAGUUUCAGAUUCCUGUUCAGCAUUAUUUGUAUGAGCUAGUCAUCAAAACUCUGGUCCAGCACAACCUCUUCUACAUGCUGCACCAAUUUCUUCAGUAUCACGUCCUGAGCGACUCCAAACCACUGGCCUGUCUGCUGCUGUCUCUGGAGAGCACAUAUCCACCUGCUCACCAGCUCUCUCUGGACAUGCUGAAGAGGCUCUCCACUGCUAAUGAUGAGAUCGUGGAGGUUCUUCUGUCCAAGCAGCAGGUUUUGGGCGCUCUGCGUUUCAUUCGAAGCGUCGGCGCCCACGAUAACGUCUCCGCUCGGAAGUUUCUGGACGCCGCACGGCAAACAAACGACACCAUGUUGUUCUACACCAUCUUCCGCUUCUUCGAGCAGAGGAAUAUGCGGUUGCGUGGUAAUCCUGGUUUCAACCAAGGAGAGCACUGUGAGGAGCAUGUGGCCUACUUUAAGCAAGUGUAUGGAGAGAACGCUUUGAUGAAACAAGCCACGGCAUGAAAGACUACAGUAACAACAGGAACAAUGGUUUAUCCAGGAAAUGAAAACCUUAUGGAGCUCACAUGAACAGUUGAGAGAGACGCUUUAUCUUCUUAUAUGCAUGUUUGCCAUGAAGUACAGAUGGUUUUAGCAGGAUAAAGCGGUAACAGUAUUCGGUAUUUGAAUGGAGAAUUACUAAUAUCGCCACAAUGCAAAAGAGUGCUCAACUAGCUGGUCUGUACUGUAUGUAUGAAUGCUGAUCAUGUAUAUAUUUUUAAAAAGAAAUCUCUAGCUUUUACAGUGUGUAUAUAAUAAAUAUAAUAUGUACAUAUAUGUAAUAUGCUUUGUUUAAAGAAAUGAAUGAAUGGGCCAAGCACUGGAACAAGUCAAGGCGAUUGUUUUCGGUUCGUCAUUUUUGGCGUGAUGAUAAUCUACGGAAAUGAUUCAACCCUUCCACCCAGAGGCGUAUGGGAUUGGUAAUUAUUCGUUUCUGUGCUAGCUGUAAGUUAGGAGUCAUUCUAAAAUUUAGGGUACAUGUUUUUUCUAACAAUUUUCUUCAGAAAUAUUUUAUCCAUUAUGAGAAUACGUGCUUAUUUUGUGCAACCUGUUUUUCGGUUCGCUUGAAAUUUGCCUUUAUGACCCUAAAAUUACAGUUUUUUUGAGUUCAGCCCAAUGAAUAAAACAUUGAAGUCAAGAUUAUUUAUUUCUACAAUCUAAAUACCUUAAACUGAUUGAGUUUAAAUUUCAUUUUCUUUUAAAUAAGAACAUAUUUCAUUUCUCUCAUGUCCACGAAAAUUCUGUCAACUAUGUUACUAACCAAACGCCCCCUUGAAAACUAAAAAUUGGUUCUUCACAAAACGAUGUGACCAGCAUCAUGUGAUGUCACCAACUUUGUCUUAAUUUUAUCUCUGUACAUUAUGGUUAAUAUUUUAAUGAUUUUCAUUCAAAUAAAUAUUAAAAUCGAGGUCAA